AUGGCUCUAGCAGCCUGGAUCAUCUUCACCUGCGCUGUGGCUUUCAGCAACGUCGCUCCGUCCUCAUCAGCUCUGAGCCGGUCCAUGAUGCCCUUCGGCUUGAUGCGUCGCGAGCUGGCGUGUGAAGGCUACCCGAUCGAGCUGCGCUGCCCUGGAAGCGACGUCAUCAUGAUUGAGACGGCCAACUACGGCCGCACAGAUGACAAGAUCUGUGACGCAGACCCCUUCCAGAUGGAGAAUGUGCAGUGCUACCUGCCCGACGCCUUCAAGAUAAUGUCACAGAGGUGUAAUAACCGCACCCAGUGUGUGGUGGUAGCGGGGUCGGAUGUGUUCCCAGAUCCCUGUCCAGGGACCUACAAAUACCUGGAGAUCCAGUACGAGUGUGUCCCCUACAAAGUGGAUCAAAAAGUCUUUGUCUGUCCGGGUAAGCUGCUGCGGGUUCAGGCGGCCAGCUCUUUGCAGGAGGUGGAGCACCAGGCGGGGGCGUGGUGUAAGGACCCGCUGCAGUCUGGGGACCGACUGUACGUCAUGCCCUGGACCCCCUAUCGAACUGACAUGCUGUUUGAGUACGCUUCCUGGGAAGACUUCAAACAGAACCGAGCCACCACCACCUACAAGUUGCCCAACAGAGUCGACGGCACGGGGUUCGUGGUGUACGAUGGUGCAGUGUUUUACAACAAAGAACGCACGCGGAACAUUGUCAAGUAUGACCUACGGACGCGCAUCAAGAGCGGCGAGGCCAUCAUCACAAACGCCAACUACCACGACACCUCACCCUACCGCUGGGGAGGGAAAUCGGACAUUGACCUGGCCGUGGAUGAGAAUGGCCUCUGGGUGAUCUACGCCACUGAGGCCAACAAUGGACGACUGGUAGUCAGCCAGGUGAACCCUUACACCCUGCGUUUUGAAGGCACCUGGGAGACCAGCUUUGACAAGAGGAUGGCGUCCAACGCCUUCAUGGCGUGCGGCGUGCUUUACGCAGUGCGGUCCGUCUACCAGGACGAUGACAGCGAAGCAGGCGGCGACCUGGUGAUGUAUGCCUACAAUACGAACCGAGCCCGCGAGGAGCCCGUCAACAUCCUUUUCCCCAACCCCUAUCAGUACGUCUCCUCUGUGGACUACAACCCUCGAGACAACCAGCUUUAUGUCUGGAACAACUACUAUGUGCUGCGCUACCCGCUGGAGUUUGGCCCACCAGACCCCACCACGGGCCCUCUCACCACCACCCAUGUGACCACCACUCCUCCAGCCAGGCCCUUCAUUUCCAGUGCCAGCCCCUCUACCGCCCGCCCUCUGGCCCCCACCUCACGCCCGAUCGGCUCAAUCAACAAGCACCCUGAUCUUCGCCCGAUCACAGCCACUGUGCCCGUCACCCGCCGGCCACCUCGCCCUCCUCAAGGCUCGGAGAACCAUGUCUGUGAGGCCAAGCUGGUCCGUGGUGUCCGGUGGCCCGCCACGCAGCGAGGAGAAACAGUAGACCGCCCGUGUCCCAAAGGGUCUCUAGGCAUCGCUUCGUUCCAGUGCAUGGUGGAGCAGGUCAUGUGGAACCCCCGGGGUCCUGACCUGAGUAACUGCACCUCCCCGUGGGUCAACCAGGUGGCCCAGAAGAUAAAGAGCGGCGAGAAUGCGGCCAACAUAGCGGGAGAGCUGGUGAACCACACGCGGGGUCGGAUCCAGGCCGGCGACGUCAGCUCGUCCGUGCGACUCAUCGAGCAACUGCUGGACAUACUGGACGCUCAGCUUCAGGCCCUGAGGCCCGCGAACAAGGAGUCGGCUGCACGAAACUACAACAAGCUCCAGAAGCGAGAGCGGACCUGUCGGGCCUACAUCCAGGCGGUGGUGCAGACAGUGGACAACUUGCUGCGUCCCGAGGCCCUGGAGUCGUGGCAGGACAUGAACAGCACCGAGCAGGCCCACACUGCCACCAUGCUACUGGACGUGCUGGAAAAGGGAGCCUUCCUGCUGGCCAACAACAUGUAUGGCAAUCGGUUUUCUGACCGAGCGCCCAGCAUCGAUCUCGAGGUGCAUGUCCUGAACACAGAGAUGGACCUGCAGGACUUGUCCUUCCCGCAGAAUUAUGCCAGCGACAGCACCAUCCAGCUUUCAGCUUCCACUAUCAAACAGUACAGUCGCAACGGACAAGUCAAGGUGGUGUUCAUUCUCUAUAAAAACCUGGGAUCCUUCCUGUCCACUGAGAACGCCACUGUGAAGAUGGAAGUUGACGGGCCGAGCCACGACAAGAAGCGCCUGGCGGUCAACUCGCAUGUAAUCGCUGCGUCCAUCAACAAAGAGUCCAGCAGGGUGUUUCUCAUCGAGCCGGUGGUCUUCACUCUCAAACACCUACAGAUGGACAAUUACAACACUCCCAACUGCUCCUUCUGGAACUACUCUGAGCGCUCCAUGACGGGCCAGUGGUCGUCGCAGGGCUGCAAGCUGCUGGACACCAACAACACGCACACCACCUGCUCCUGCAGCCACCUCACCAACUUCGCCGUGCUCAUGGCCCACCGCGAGCCCGAUUACCAGGAGCGAAUGCAUGAACUCAUCCUGUUUGUGAUCACCUGGGUGGGGAUCGUCAUCUCCCUAGUGUGUCUCGCCAUCUGCAUCUCCACUUUCUGCUUCCUGCGGGGUCUGCAGACCGACCGCAACACCAUCCACAAAAACCUCUGCAUCAAUCUCUUCAUCGCCGAGCUGCUCUUCCUCAUCGGCAUCGACAAGACGGAAUACCACAUCGCCUGUCCCAUCUUUGCUGGCCUUCUGCAUUUCUUCUUCUUGGCUGCCUUCUCCUGGAUGUGUCUGGAGGGUGUGCAACUCUAUCUCAUGCUGGUGGAGGUCUUCGAGAGCGAGUACUCCCGCAAAAAGUACUACUAUCUGUGCGGCUACUGCUUCCCCGCACUGGUGGUGGGCAUCUCCGCGGCCAUAGACUACAGGAGCUAUGGGACCAAGAAAGCAUGCUGGCUGCGAGUGGAUAACUACUUCAUCUGGAGCUUCAUUGGACCCGUUUCAUUUGUUAUUAUGCUCAACCUCAUUUUCCUCAUGAUCACUUUGCACAAGAUGAUCCGCAACUCUUCAGCACUCAAACCUGACUCCAGCCGCCUGGAUAACAUCAAGUCAUGGGCUCUGGGGGCCAUUGCUCUGCUGUUCCUGUUGGGAAUGACGUGGGCUUUUGGCCUCCUCUUUAUCAAUGAGAACACGGUAAUCAUGGCCUACCUGUUCACCACCUUCAACGCCUUCCAGGGCAUGUUCAUCUUCAUCUUCCACUGUGCCCUUCAGAAGAAGGUCCAUAAGGAGUACAGUAAGUGUCUGCGUCACUCCUACUGCUGCAGCCGCACCUCCACCACCAGCUCCCACGGCUCCCUGAAGAACUCGGGCCUACGUGCCAACAACCGCUACUACAGCGGUAGCCAAGCUCGCCAUGCAGCCGCCCACCGACAGAGUCGGAUCCGCAGGAUGUGGAACGACACGGUUCGAAAGCAGACGGAGUCGUCUUUCAUGGCGGGCGAUAUCAAUAGCACCCCGACACUCAACCGCGCGACCAUGGGCAACCACCUUUUGACGAACCCGGUGUUACAGACUCGCACUGGCACCUCUCCCUACAACACUCUGCUGGCUGAGAGCUUCACACCACCCUCCCCUGGUGUCUUCAACUCUACCGGAACCUUCCGUGAUCCAAAGAGCACGUUAUCAAAGGCCCGCGACCCCUGUGGGAUGGAAACCCUGCCCUUGAAUGGUAACUUCAAUAACAGCUACUCCCUGCGCAGUGGCCCAGGGGGUGUGGGCGGGGGCAGCUGUGACUUCCUUGGUGGUGGGGGCGGAGACAGUCCCCCGCCCCUCCUCAAUCCCCGCGGCUCGGAGGCACUGGGAGGCGGCGGCAUCCGACGAAACCUCUCUGAUGCCGCUGCCUUCGAAAAAAUGAUCAUCUCUGAGCUUGUGCACAACAACCUAAGAGGUGGCGUUGGAGGAGGAGGAGGAGGAGGAGGAGGAGGAGGAGGAGGAGCAGGAGGCGACGUAGGGGACAGGGUGUGUGGCAGCCUGGCCAGGGGACGUCCUCACGGUGGGGUUGGUCGGGGGACCACCGGGGCCGGGCCAGAGCUGUCUAUGAGCAUGGAUGAAGACGAGGACUUUCUGAGAGAGGGGCGGCAGCGCACCCCGCAGGAUGUGGAGCUGCUUUAUAAAGCUCUGGAGGAGCCCCUGUUGUUGCAGCGAGCCCAGUCGGUCCUCUACCAAAGCGAUCCGGAAGAGUCAGAGAGCUACACGGCCGACCUCACCGAAAGCCUCGGCCACAGCGGCCAGAGUGCUAGUGGGCAGGCGGGCAACAGAGCGCCAGACUCCCCUGCCCGUGACUCCCUGUACACCAGCAUCACCAACCUGCGAGACUCACCUUACCCCGACAGCAGUCCUGAGCCCCUGGAGGUGGUCCCCCGUUCAGCCCAGCCCCCGGAGGAGCUGUACUACAGCUCAGGGAGGCCCGCCCUGGGCUCCCGUGGGGCCCCCAUGCAGACCUUCUACCAGGCGCCACCCCGGAGACCAAGUGGGGAGGGACACCAGGCCCAGGAGCCUGCCCACAAUGAGGGAGACGGACAGAUGCAGCUGGUCACCAGCCUGUGA